AUGUACGAAUAGCGUAUCUGUAUAUGGUUAGUUUAAAUUAGUAAAUAGCCGUUUAAAAGUCUCUGUUGAAAUUUUUUUAUAAUUUGCUGGUUGUGUAAAGUGUGUUUUGAAGCAAUGGAGCGGGUCCUUUUUGGCCGCUAGCUCUUAACUCAAAACCAUCUUAAACCAGCUCUGACCAGCUAAUAACCAGCACAUGACCAGCUGCUAGCCUGCUACCAUGCUUCAAAACAUACUUUACCAGCAUAUGCAGUUUUUUUCAAAAAGGGUGAGUCCUGCGUAUAUGGUUAGCCGGGGCAAAGUGUGCAAAUAAACGAAUGAAAGAUAGCAGAAUCGGAAUGAUGACUAAUCGGCCUCAAAACACGCUCAGACGUUCUAUUUUUGUCUCGCUGAAACUGUCCCGCCUUUAAUAAUGAAUCAUUUGGGGUUGUUAUGGAGAGGAAGUAAGUUGAGCAACAAGAAUCAUGAUAUCUCCGUUAACCGUAAACUACAUUUUACAAGCAUUUACAGCCAACUAAAAUGCUCUUCGUUGGUUCCUAAACUCUGCAAUCGUUCCGUCUUGUUGUAAUUUAUUAAUAGUUUAUGUGGUGAAUUAUCUGACACCUGCAUCACCUGAGCACUGAACACACAGGGCGCGUCACGCAUUAGGGCGGGGCUUACGAUACCUCCCAUUCAGUUUCAAAGUUGAGAGAAACUCAUACGCACUGUAGUGGACACAACGCAAAAUAUCAGACCAGAUAGAGCGAACAAAAGGCAAAUUUUCGUCCCGGUUUGGACGUGAUCAAACAGUGCCGAGUAUGUCGACUUUAGGUGACCAGCAGUGGUACCCCACCAGUGUACAGGUAACUGUACUUCAAGCGCGAAACCUGCGGAUCAAGGGCAGAAAUGGCACAAACGACGCGUAUGCCAUUAUGCAGGUGGGUAAGGACAAGUUUUCCACCUCUGUGGCGGAGAAAUGCGUCGCGCCCGCUUGGAAAGAGGAAGCGACGUUUGACCUGCCGCUUGUCCAGCAGGGGCACGGGGACCGAUUCACGCUGUACAUCAUCGCCAUGCACCGAGCCCAAGUGGGGCUGGACAAGUUUUUGGGGCAGGCUGUCAUCAACUUAGUCGACCUCCAUGCCAACAAAUUACGCAAAAAGACAGACUGGUACAAGCUGGUUGAUAGAAAUGGUAAACAAGAAAAGGACCGAGGUGAAGUUUUCCUGGAUAUCCAGUACAUGCGGAAUAACCUGACAGCAAGUAUGUUUGACCUCUCCAUGGUAGAUAAGCCUCGGUCUGGCAUCUCCAAACUCAAAGACAAGAUCCGUGGGAAAAAGAAAGACAGUUUCUCGGAUUCGGCUUCUGAGAUCGUGUCCGUUGCGGGAACAGACAGUGAGGGGGAAGGCGAGGACUGUAGAGAUUCUCCUAAGAAGAAAUCAAAUAUAAAAUCUUUGUUUGGAUCAAAAACAAACCUCCAAAAGAAUGUCUCCAAGUCCAUGUUGACCUUGGGCACCCUGCCCGAAAAGAACAGUCCGCUAAGCAUUAGCAGAUCGUCAGGCCUUAAUGUGGAGUCCCCUGAUGUGAAAAAGAAGUUUAAAUUUCUGGGCCACAAACGCAAUGGCAGCACAGACAGCAAAGUGUCUCGUGGCCCUUUUUCUCUUCUGAGCCGCUCUAAACAGAACUUGUCGGAGCAGAAUAACCUCUGUAUAAACGGCAGUCACGUUUAUGCAGAAGAUCAAGACCCAAAACCUGGUUUUGGCUCUACGCUUAGUUUAAACAGCUCCGGACAUGGGUCGGUAGAGGACGUUCGAAAAUACCAUCAACGAAAUAUGUCAGACGUCUCCGUUGAUUCAUUAAAAGCUCUGAGUAUCCCCUCAUACAAGCCUGAAGUCAAUGACAAAGAUCCACUUGUCCAACAACGCCCCCUAGAGGACAGGAGACUUCGCUUGCACGAGAAUGAGGAGAAGGCUAAGAAACAAGAGGCAAGAAGCCUUCAAGAGAUGCUGGGCCAACAAGAAGAGCAAGAGAAGAGGAGACGGCAAGAACAGGAGGAAGAGAGGAAACGCAGACUAGAAGAGCAGGACAAGAAAUUGAAGGAAGAGGAAGAGCUGCAGAGGAAGCGACACAACGAGGAGAAGCAGCGAGUUGAGGAGCAGCAGCACCAGGAAGAGAACAGAGUUACUGAAAGGCUCUCCUCUCUCUUUGGCAUUGGAAAGAAGAAGGAGGAGAAGAAAGAGGAAGCAAGCCCUCCAGAACCCAAACGUAUGGAAGCGCCGUCCUCCUUAAACCGGUUUGAAGAUAUUCCCCUAACCCCAGAUAAUCCAGCCUCUUUAGCAGAAGAGAGAUCCUUGGACCCCCGGACCAUCCGUUCUCCAGCGCCACCCACUAGCGCCAUCUCCAAUCGCACGGCCGCAGUCAAGCCAAGGCCUCAUCCGGUAAAACCCAUGAGCAUGACAGAGAGCCAGCCCACCAGUGCUCUCAGCGUGGGGAAGGAUAUGAAGACCCUAACCAUCAGGGAAAUGGCUGAGAAGUCAAAGGUAACAUUUUUCCCUCAAUUUGCAUUUUCACUGCGCAUGCAGAACACAGAAAGCACACCGUACACUCAACUCACACAGGAGGAGCUCAUCACACUGGUGGUGAAGCAGCAGGACGAGCUCUUCAAGAAAGACACCAGGAUCCAUGAGAUGGAGGAAUACAUUGAUAACCUUCUAGUCCGCAUCAUUGAGGAGAAACCGACCAUUCUGCUUUCACUUCAAUCCAAAUGUUAGGAUUGUAGCAUCCGACUCCACUGAGACAUUUUACCAUGUGCGAUUCGGCUGAUGUAGCCAGAACUAUACUGGAUUUCAGUCAGAACGCGACUCGCGUCUCUUCUGCUUUAUAUUUUAGUAUUCAUUCCAUGCAGACAUAUCCACAACCUAGGAUCAGAUCUAACAGUACACAAAAGGCCGCAUGGGUCUCAAGGAUCUGCUUUUUACAGCUGAAUAAUGGGGUGUUAUUAUUUUUCUAUUUGGAUAAAAGCUGGGUUCAAGCAUUCUCCAAAAUCCCUACAUCAACAAAAACAGCCUUUUAUUAAUCCAAUCCUAUGCACAGUUAGCUAUUCCUUUAGGCAAAGAAAGGGUUCCAUAAUGUAUGAUUUAUUUUUAAAGUGUCUUCAGUUUGCAGACCUUGUACCUUGUGCCUGAUGUGAUUUGUUUUGUUAAGAUCAAGCUGCUGCCUUGCAUUAGGGCUGAUGCAGCCUCAAAUCAUUUGGGAAUAAUCCUUAUACUGUUCAGUUCAGUUCGAGCUUUCAAGCUACUGUUGAUGGGAAUGUUCUGAACGUUUUGAGUGUAAACACUUUUUACUUGAAAAGGGUGAUUUAUUUAUGAAGGUUUUUGUUUUAAGUGAUUAUGGAAAAUAUUCUAAACUGUAUACUUCUGUUGAAAUGUCUUAAAGCAGAAUUAAAUAUUGUGACUGUAUGUUUAUUUCAGCUUUUGUUUCAACACUACAUGUAAAUACAGUAGAUAUUUAGUUUUCGUUGCCCUGGUCAGUUUUUUGACUUUACAGAAGUCAAAAAUGAAUUCACAGCUAAACGGGCAGUCGCUGUUAAAUCAGUCAUGUUGAUUUUCGAAACUGUUAAUGCUACAUGUCAGCUUUUAUAACAUAACUUUAUUGACCAGGGAUUACUGUGCGUUCUCUAAAGACAGUCUUGAAAAGAGUAUUGCUAUUUAGGGCACUACAAUGAUAUUUGUGGAUUUGUAACAUACUUCAGUUCCUUAAUGCAAAAGCAAUAAAUGUGUGGUUUCCUGAAUUGCUGGUAAUUUGGUACUUAAUUGUGGCCUAUUCAUGGCAGUAGAUGUAGAGAGCUUCUAUGUUGGGGAUCCAAAGAUGUGCAGUCUUCCACUAUACUGCAGUACCAAAACAGACCCCUCAUUUAUUAUUCAUUGUAAUUUGAGUGUUUUUAAUGUGAUUUCUAACUGGUCUCCUGCAAUAACUAUGGGGAAUAUUCCCAUCAAGACUUUUAAGUUAAAAAAAUCUGGUUAACUUUUCAGUCAUUUUGAAUGAAUUCACCAAACUCUUAUAAUUUAAAUUAAAAGCCUUAAAAUAAUUAAGAUGUUAAGCACAUCAGAACAUGAAAGCAUAUGUUUUGCAGACCUGUGCCUUGCUUUUAUUUUUUUUUAUUUUUUAAAGCCUUUAAUGCUGAGGACAUGCAAAUCUCCUGUUUUUUUUUUCCUGAAAUAACAACAUAAAAGUAAUUUUAUUAUGCCUCACUUAACUGAAUACAUCUUGGCUAAAUAUAUAAACCCUUGUAUGUGUUGUACAUUAUGCUGAUCACACUUGAAUGUUUUGUACUAUAACUUACUCAUUAAAUUGAUCAAUAGUGCAUAAAAUGGAAUUAUACAUGAAACAAAUUAUUAUUUUUCUAACUAUUUAGUGUGCCUAACAGAGCCAGAAGUGUUUUGUUUUUAGUGUUUCACAUGUAAUUCAUAGUUUAAAAUAGUGUUUAUCCAUCCACAGUUACUAUGCAAAAGAUAUCAUAUGCUGUUAGAUUCUGUUAGAUUAGAUUUACCAAUAAAUUAUUUGAAAGUU